AUGAUGGAGGAGGAAUGUAACCGCCUUCGGGCUCUGCUUAGACUCUCGCCAGAGCCCAGUAUCCCAGAUGGUCACCAGGAUGCCGGCGUUCUGAUUUUGCUAGAUGGAAUCCCCGAUAAUUAUCGGGUCUUCUUGUGUAUUCGAUCAGAACAACUAAGGAGACACCCAGGAGAAGUUUGUUUCCCAGGAGGAAUGCGUGACAAUGGAGAAAAUAUGCAAGAGACAGCAAUUAGGGAAGCGGAAGAGGUAGGAUAUCACGGGCAAAGGAAAAAUCAGAGGAACCUAAGAAAAGGGGGGAACUACGAACAAAAAAAUUAAUU